UAUAUAUAUAUACACAGAUACAUAUAUUCUACCGUUUCUCUUUGUGCUUGUGCACUCUUUCCAUUCUGCUUCUCUCAUGGCAUUUUCUUCAUUAAUCUAUGGAUUAUAUUUAUAUAUGCUCUUGUUUAGCUUAGGGUAUGCACAAUUGUCCCCCAAUUACUAUGCCACAACAUGCCCAAAAGCCCUUUCUACCAUUAGAACAGCCGUGCACAAUGCUGUUGUCAAGGAGCACCGCAUGGGGGCAUCUUUGCUUCGCAUGCAUUUCCAUGACUGCUUUGUUAAUGGAUGCGAUGCAUCAGUCUUAUUAGAUGACAUCUCACCAAGUUUCACUGGAGAGAAGACUGCAGGCCCAAAUGCAAAUUCUCUGAGAGGUUUUGAUGUGAUUGACACUAUUAAAUCACAAGUCGAAUCCAUUUGCCCUGGUGUAGUUUCUUGUGCUGAUAUUCUUGCUGUUGCUGCUCGAGACUCAGUUGUUGCUUUGGGUGGUCCCUCAUGGCAAGUUGAGUUGGGCAGAAGAGACUCCACCACUGCAAGUUAUGAUGCUGCAAACACAGAUCUUCCAUCCCCACUAAUGGAUCUCAGUGACCUUAUAUCUGCCUUAUCACGCAAAGGAUUCACUGCCAAAGAAAUGGUUGCACUUGCUGGAUCUCACACAAUAGGCCAAGCCAGGUGCUUGAUGUUCCGGGGCAGACUCUACAAUGAGACCAACAUUGAUUCAGCACUAGCAACAUCACUAAAAUCUGAUUGUCCGACCACAGGCAGUGAUGACAAUCUCUCUCCACUAGAUGCUACUAGCCCUGUCAUAUUUGAUAAUAGCUAUUUCAAGAACUUGGUAAACAACAAAGGCCUUCUGCACUCAGAUCAGCAGCUUUUCAGUGGUGGCUCCACCAAUUCACAGGUGAAAACCUAUAGCACAGAUCCUUUUACUUUUUAUGCAGAUUUUGCCAAUGCCAUGAUCAAGAUGGGGAAACUUAGUCCGCUAACAGGAACUGAUGGGCAGAUUCGAACCGACUGCCGGAAAGUAAACUGAAACUUGUCUCCACUACUUAGUUAAGCUGGUCAGCACUUGUGGGUUUGGUUACUAAUUAGUAUCAUCAAUUGUCAAUAAUUUGAAUAAUAAAUGCUACAAAAGUAUGUUUAAAGUAGAUCUUGAUGGUAAUAGAUUUGCAUUUUAUGAUUUUCUUGUAAGGAAAAUGCUGUGUUUAGGAUGCUAUGUUGCAUAUGCUAAUAGCAUAACAACAAUUCAGAAAUAAUAAUUCUACAGGCCAUUCUCUCCUUUAGAAAGCCUCA